CGGCCCUCUAUAUGAAAACGUUCGAUGCUCCGCAAAUCUUAUAUGAAAUAUAUCUCGCAGUCACGUAUGAAACACGGUGAACCGUGUAUGUGUGUAUGAACCUAUAUGCAAAAACUUAACGUAGUUUAUCAGAGUUAAUUAUCGUAAAACUCGUGCGUAAUAACUAUCGUUACUCAUCAUAAGUUACGCACGAGACUUUUGCGGACUAUGCAGGAAUUUCCUUACGUGUUAUCAGAGUACGAGGAAAUAAAUCCUCUUCUUUACAAGCCUAUCAACUCAACUCAACGAAUCAAGUAUACAUGUUUCAAUACGUCUUCCAGCUAUAUUGUAUUAGGUUCAACCAGUGGCAGUAUUUAUCUAUUUUCAAGGAAACCAUGCUCAUUUAUACAGUUAAUACCCUUAUCGGAAGGUGCAGUUUCUCGUAUUCUCAUAUCACCUGAUGAGAAAACGAUUGCCUUGACAACAAAUCGUGGCAUAGUUUGUCUAAUAGCUCUAAAAUCUACGCCAAAAUUGAUAGCUAUAUCAACCGAGCACAUUCACAAACGAGUUAACUGCCUGUGUUGGAAUGAUAAUAGCUCUGAGGUAUAUAUUGGAGAUGGGCAUGGAAAAGUUUCUGUUAUGGCACUAUCUAUUUUUACGGUAAAUGGCAUGUUUCAAGCACCAACUUGUACAUUGAUGAAUUUAGAUUCAAGCAUUGUACAACUUAAUUUCUUAUCACCUUUAUUAUUAGUGUCAACUUUGACUCGUUGUUACAUAUGUGAUACAAUACAGGAACAGUAUAAACAAAUAGGAAAUAAAGCACGGCAUGGAGAAUUUGGUGCCUGUUUCUAUAAAACAUGCCUUAUAGAGAAUAAGAGUGCUCCAGACAGCCAAAAGGAAGGGAAAGUAGUCAAUAAAAAGGGUUCCUUUAAUUUCAUUGCAGAAGGUAACAGUAAGAUACAAGAAGAAAAUUUUCCUCAAAUCUUUUGUGCUAGACCAGGAUCUAGACUUUGGGAAGUGUCUGCAAAUGGAAUAGUAAUGAAAACUCAUCAGUUUAAAGAAGCACUUGCUAUUCCACCUAUAAGAAUAUGUAGGCCAAGCAUUAGAAAAUCUGUUUAUCAAAAGCAAGCAGAACCAACCUGGCUGCCACAAUCUAUUAAUUUCUCCUAUCUGUCUGUUAUUGGAGAGAAGUAUUUAUUUUCAUAUACUUCUACUGGCCUAUACAUUAUUGAUCCCCUGACUGCAACUGUGGUACUGUGGAAUAAUGAAUUUUCAAAUAUAUCUUUAGCAGAAACUAUUGAGAAUAAAAUAUAUUUGAUGACCUCUGAUGGGGAAUUUCAUUGUUUAGUUUUAUAUUUCUUAGAUUCCUUAAUAUUACGAUUGUAUAAUAAAAAGAAAUAUUAUGAAUGUUUAGAGAUAUGCCUCAUGUAUAAACUACAAUUAAAAAAAUUAGUAAAUAAUACUGAGAUUAAUAAUGUUUGUGAUAUAGAGAAUAGGUUGCAGAUAUUUAAAGAUGAUGAAUUGUCAACAUUAUUACAUCCUUUAAUACUUUUAUUGGAAUCUAAUAUAAAAAUAAUUCCAAAAAAAUUAGAUUCAGGUAUUGUAGUCGUUAAUUGCGGAAAUUCAGACCUGAAAGAUGAGGAAAAUUUGGGGCUUCAUUCUGUAUCCUAUUGUUCUUUGCAAAAUAAUGAAAGGCUUUUUGAAACCGAAUUAAACAUAGAAAAAGAAAAAACAUCAACCAAUUUAUUGGAUGGUUCCGAUAAUAAAACGAAAAAGGAUGAAGACACGAAUUGCAAUACAGCCAAGGAUAUAGAAGAAGGUCAUGAUGAAACCAAAGAAAAAUUGAAUUUGAACAAAAGUAUAACACAAAGAAUACAAGCAGAUCUGGAAAUUAUAUAUACGGUAGUUGGUAAUAUUAAGCCUUCAAUGGACGAAGAAGACUUAGAAAAAAUAAUUUUAGAUAUAGAUUGGAGAAUGAAUGUUAUCAAAGAUUCAUAUGAAAAUGUAGAUGAACUAAAGAACUUUGUAUAUGAAAUAUUAAGAAGCGUAGAACUAUGUUACUUCAAUUCUUUAUUGGAAAAUGUUUCAAUACAACUAAUACAAUCUACAGAUAAUGAAAAUAUUAUAAAACAAAUAAUAAAAGCUUUUGUUAAUGUAAAUGCACAAAGCUGCAGAAGAUGUACCUGUGGUAGUGUGUAUCCAACAAAUGAACUAAUAGAACCAAAGUUCCUGGGGAUUGGUAAAUCCCUUCUUAAGAAAAUGUUAGAUGAAUAUAAGGAGGAGUGUAUAAAUUUAUGUAACAAAGUACCUUAUAUGUGGCGAGAUUACUUGCCACUUUACACAGAACAGCAUGGUAUAAUGACGAAUGAUCUAAUACGCCAAUGUCUUCAAACUAGAGAUAAUAUUAUAUUUUCCAUUUUUUUACCUUUAUUGGAUGGGAAACAUUGGAACUAUAUAGCGACAUACGCGAAAGAAAUUCAAGAGGGACAGUGUCUGUUCUGUAGAAAGUCUAUAAAAAGAGGAAAUCACGAAGAAUGGAUAAACUGGACUGCUGUGAUAUAUGAAAUCAUGAAAAAACAGGGACCUGAUAUUGCCAUGACAUUAUUAAUAAAAUUAGAGAAAGCUAUUCCAAAUGUUCCUAUUGAUAGAAAUAUUUUCAUUUUUUGCAGUAUAUUUCAGUCAUUAGUAUUUACAAAACUUUUAUAUCAACAUGGGAUGAAGUAUGCCGUUAAUCUUAAUAAAACUAAUUUGGAGUCAUCUGAAUACAAUACAAUAUGUUCUACAAAGAUUCGAGAUCAAGUGGCAGAAGUUCUUGAAAAAGACUUAAGUAAACCGAUUAAUAAAAAUAUUUUCGAGAAUGGGCCGCAUCAUUGGGGAAUGCAUUAUCAGAAUAAAUUAUCUGUAUGUUCUUGCUGCACACUAUCCCUUCAAACACCAGUUCUAUUAGGUAAUAAUGGAAUCGCAAUAUUUGAUUGCGGCCACGCUUACCAUGUAAAUUGUAUGAUAGAAAAAAAACUCACUGCCUGUAAUCUUCAUUCUUAAUUGUACAUGCACAACAAAUAUAUACAAAUAAAUCUCGUAAAAGAAGAUACAAAUAUUAACGUGUAAACAAAGUCUCAUUCAGGUAGUUUACAGAAUGAAAAACUGCACACUAUAUCUAGUCUUUAAAAAAUUUGUUUGCGCGUACUCAUAUAAGCGUAUUUACAAAUUUAUUGUCGAAAUACAAAUUGUUAUCACAGAUAAAUCUCGCGGUUUAACAAUGAAGUUGAAUUUAAAAGAUAGAUUUUUUGAGUUUCUUAUGAUAUAAAGAAAUGUAAUGAUUUUAUCAAAUACAAUUUUGUUUGUAUAAGCAAGUAAUAAAAAUUACAAUAGAAACUAGUAUUUGUGUAAAAGGAGUAUAUGAAUAAAAAUUGAGCAUUGAAAAUUCUUAUGUAAUAAGUAAAGUACAUUCCUUAAAUUAGUUAUUAAAAGACUUGAAAUUGUUAAAAUAUUUAUAAAAAUUAAGAAUUAGACUGUUAUAAUUUCAAAAAUUUAGUUUUAUUCUAGAAAAUAAUGUACUAUUUUAUAUUUGUAUAUGUAUCGUAAUUUUUUUGUACCUUUUACGACCAACUAUAUACACGAUAUAAUUAAGGAAUUCCAAUUUCAAUUUGACACUUACCUUCUCUUUUAUUUGAUAUAUUUAUUAUUUAAUUCCAAAAUAUUUAUGCAGUAUGAGGCAUAUUCAAAUUAUAUACAUUCUAAAAUUUUAUACAAACGAGUGUUUCAAAAAACUUGCUGCAUUCUAAUAGUAGUCUUAAGUAUCUUUAAAAGGUGAAAAAAGAAGAGGGUGCAUUGUAAAUUCAUUUUGAAACAAUGAGUCGUGAGAUUUUCACUGUACAUAACCUCGACCCUUAAAAAGUUGUCAGGAAUAUAUUUUUCCUUCAUUAUCACAUUAUCCCUUAAAUUAGAAAAUUCAUUAUAGAAACAAAAUUCAUUAUAUUGAAGAAAUUGGUCUAACCACAUAAGUAUAUCUUAAGGAUUAAAAUAAUAGUAAUAUGGUAACAAAAAUAACUACUUUUUCCGUAACUUUUGCACAACUUUGUUGAAAGUAAAUAUAUUUAAAUAAAACAAAAAAGAAAGUAUAUGAAGGAUAAAAAUAUUUAGAAUUAUUAAAAAUGCCUCAAUCUGCAUAAAACAGGAUUUAAAAUUCCUUACUCUACGGUAACGAGCCAAAAUAUUGUUAAAUAUUUCGAAUUACAUUGACAUAUGGUAAUUUGUUUGUAACAAAUGUAAUGCAUAUUUUUCUUUCCCCUUUUUACGCUCAAUGAAUUUGAUCACGCAAAAAAUGCAAUUUUGUCGAUCAAUACGUUAUGAUAUUGGAAUAUUGAUUUUUCUACGAUCAUAAUUGACUAGGAAGAUAUAUAACUUCUCUUGACACGCAAUACUUAAAUCUAUCAUUAUAUUACAACUUCGAUAGUGAUUUAUAAUUCUUAGUGUGUGCAAAAUAUAAUAUAAUGAAUCUAAUGCAAAAAUCAUAAAUAUUUUGCUUUCUUGAUAUUUGUAUAGGAUAUAAAAUAUGAAUUAUAUUUAUUUUAUUUAUCGUGAUAAGAAUUGAUUUCGUGUAAAAUUAUUUAUAUGUAAAUAACUUCUACGCGCGCGCACACACAAUGUUAUCGAUUUACAUAUAACAAUACACUACUACAUGUUGCGUAAAAUUUCGCAAAGUAUGUAUGUAUGUAUAUAACUCUCUUGCGUUUUCUUUUUGUAAUAUAAAUAACUCAAUAAUUGCC